AGAUUGUAGAGAUUUAAGGUCGUUUAAAUUAGGCGACAUUUCAAAGGGUUUUCUUCUGGGUUUAUGUCUAACUGGUUGAUCGAACUUCGGGUCACUUAAGCCGGUUGUAGUCCAGUUCAUAUGUGGGCUGUCCAGUGGAUAUGAGAAUACCGACGGCACAAAGAAUAUAUCGGAAUAGUAAUCAAUGCUUCUACUAUGACUAUUCGAAAUUCGCUUCUGCCAAGGCUGGAUUUUUUAAACGAAAACAAGAUCGAAAUGGCUUUUUUCAUGUUGACAGUUACAGAAAAGAAAUUUUUCCGACUUUUAGAUUUGUGGAAUUAUACCAUGGCAGACUAAGCACUUCUGUUGCUGUUUUCGUUCCAUCAAAUCGCUACACUACACAACCGUUUUCCCAAAUAUCAGAGCCAAAUGAAUGUUCCACAUAUAAACGUUAUGUGCUGUUAUUGGGUUUGGCAGCUGGAUUAGUUAGUCUUGGGUCGCUCUGGUUAUACAACUUAUUUGAGUGGUGUUCAGGUUUACAAACUUUUGAAUAUCUGAAAAAGACACACCAGGUGUUCAGUCCAAAUAAAUCAGAAAACAAAAGACAAUUUUCAACUGGGCAUGACGACGACUUUGAUUUCAAACAAAGGAGUUCCAAUUAUUCAAAAAAGGUGGAAAGUAUAGUAGAUACACAAGUAGAUAUCGACCAGUAUUUCGAUUUGCACUAUAUCCAUUACGAUCGUAAACUUCCUUCGAAGUCUGAAAAAAUAUUUCCUAGAAAAUGUGUCACAAGCACUGACAUUGUUAUCACGAAUAACGCCGAUCAUGGGGUCCGGUCACAUUUAUUAUGGACUGGUGGAUCCAUGAAUUGUCCUCAUUAUGGUUCAGGCUCAUAUAAGAUCUGUACUAUUUGUUGGCUAAAUAUGCCUGACUGCUGGCUUCAUGGCCCAACAUGGAGUUCUCUGAAUUGUCAAUUUAAUUCAAAUCAAUUAUGGAGAAACACUAACCUUUUAGGACUUCUCAUAUGCUUGCAGUUAAUAUACAGAGCAAUUUAUUUAGCUUGUAGUAGUGUAACGAAACAAUCUAACUCUACACAGACUAGCCCUAUAUCUACACCGAAUUUAAUAAACAAUGAGUAUUCGGAUUGUUUACAUCAAUUGUCGAAUACUCCUUUUAAAUUUGAUAGUGAGUCUAUUACAGCUCAUACAUCUUUAGUAACAUCCACUGUCAAUAUGACCCCGAUUUCUAACUGUCCACUCUUAGAGUAUAGUAAGAUAGAGUUCAAUCUUUCAAAAUCAGAUCAAUCCAAUUACUUGCUUCAAUCAAAAUUAAUGAGCUCAUUCGACAUAAAUUUCAAGAAAACCAGUUUAUGUGAUAAUCAACAAAAUAACAAUGUAAAAUCUCUUUCCACAUCUAUUGAUAACGUAUUAUUUCCAAGUAUGAAAAAUGAGAGCACUGAUCAAACUUCUAUGAAUAUUAAAUCAUCUGAUAAAGACUCUAUAGUAGAUUCAAUUACCACUAUAUCUACAGAUCAGUUAUUGUCAAAAGUUAUCGAAAUCCUUAAUCCUAAACAAGUUGAUUGGUUAGACAACUCACCAGUUAGAAAAUCAUCAUCACGAUUUUUAAUUCAUCGUGUACAUAGUGAUGCUGUGUUAGAUAGAAAAAUAAGUAAAUCUUGUAAAUAUUUAGAGAAGGAAAAUGAUUAUACUACUCGGACUACUACCAAUCCACCUAUAUAUCAUCGUUCACGUUUUCAUUCCAGUUCAAAUUCAUCUACUUCUUUGUCAUGUUUAAAUAUUGAUGAUAAUGAAGGUUUUGAGUACGAUGAUAUUAUUUCUAUCUAUGCAACUAAAGAUGAAGCAAUAAGAAACAUUAACAAAAAUCAAAUGACUAUAAAACAUAUUCAUGGCGAUAACAAUGAUGAAGACGACGGUAAUGAUCUCAUUGAUGAGAACAAUGAAGAUAUGGACGACAAUAUUCUUCGACAACUCGACACAUUAUCUUCUCUUCUUAACAAUAAGUCUGAUAAUUUCUUUCAAGGUCAAUCGAGUGAAAUUUCAUCAGAUUUGAACAAAAGUACAUAUAUUGCAAAUGCACCUGAUGACGUAUUAAUAUCAUUCUCAUCACCGUCAUCGUCACCGGGAAUUAAUAAAAAUCCUAAUAAUUUAUUACCGAGUAGUAAUUCCGAUGCAAUAAAAUUCACUGAUCUUACACAAAAAACUGUUGUACUCACAGAUGAGUUAAACAAACUAGGUGUUACACUUGAUCGUUUAUUGUAUAAACUACAAGCUAAUCAAAUUCAAUUGGAUCAAGCUGAAGAUAAUUUAGAUUAUAUGUGGUAUUUAAGAGAUAAUUUAGAGAAUAAUUUUUCGUCAAACACAUCUGAUUGUUGUUCUGAGUUUGGUUUAAGUGAUGUCGAAGCAGAAGCUUUACUAAAUGAUGAUGGUGAUGUUGAUUUAGAUGAAAAUGGCAGUGAUGAUAAUGAAUAUAAAGGGACAGAUGAUGAUUAUUGGUCAUCUCAUGGUAGAAUGACACAAUCAUCUACUCAUCCAAAUGAUUACUGUCCUAUCCGUGGUGUUUCUGAUUAUUUGUUCAGUUCACAUGGAACACUUGAUAAUUCUCAUUAUUCUAAUUUAAAAAUCCCAAGUGAUAUUUGUAAUCAUCAUUCAUCAAAUUUGGAUUCAGGGUUAGAACAAUCAGUUAUGACAUGUUCUGAAUCAUAUGCGCAAAUUUUCUCACCAAUGCCAGAAAAACAUUUAGAAAAUUCUCUUGAUCAUCACUUUUUAUAUAAUAGAUAUUUAUCAAAUUCUCAAGUCUUUAAGAAUUACUCACAUUCACUUUCAAAGUAUUCACGUUUUAAAAAACGAUGUAGUUAUAGUCAAAGGAAACGAAUGUGUAAUAGUGAGAGUAAUCGCUUUUCUACAAAUGUUCCUGAUUCCGAUGGUUUUCUACAUCCAGAUCUUACGUUUGAAAAUGAUGGUCCACUGAAAUGGUCUGAAUCAAUGAAAGUGAAUUCAUUUUACAAGGAAUCAUAGAAUACUGACUUGAUUAUUUACAUUUUAAUCAUGAUUUUUCUUUAAAAAAAAAGAAAGGACAACAUUAUCUAACUAAUUCAUAACUAUUGUCUUUCAAUGUUUAAUUUGUUUCUUUUUUUUAUAAAAAAAAAUAUCCUACAUGUUUAUUGCACUCUCAUCAUGUAAAUACAUACAACAUAUAAGUCAUGUAAUGAACUAUUUCUGCCGUCAUUGCAACUUAAUUGUGUAGUAAAAUGUAAAUUGCAUGUUAUACUUUUUCGUGUUGUUUUUAUCAUUAUCAACAAUGCAACAAUUGAAAAGUAUCAAGUAUAUUUAUUACAUGAACUCCAAUUGAUUAAUCUUCAACGCUGACAUUAUUACCUCAUUUAUCAUUUAUCAUUUGUAAUUAAUAUUAUAUAUCAUCUUAACCUUGAUAUAUUUUAUUACUGUUUGGUUUUCCAGCAACUGUUUUUUUUUUUAAAAAAACAACAAUCGUUUUUCUUUUUUUUUGUUAUUAGUUUUUCAAAUUAUCAUUUCAUUUAUUGAAUACGUUUAUUCUUGGGAAAAUAAAUACUGACUUAUGUAUGCAUAUAGAUAUUAUUAUUAUUCAUUAUAUUUCUUUAUUUUAAUAAUUGCUUGAUCUCAUUAUAUAUUUGUGUUGGGUAAUAAUGAUGACGUUUUUGAAUGUAUAACACUCUAGCGUUCAUUUUUCCAAAAUUGGAACAACUAUGUAUGUGUGACUAUGUGUGAAAAAGAAGUGAAUCCAUCAAUUGUAUACGUUGUUCUUUCGUUUAUUUAAAUGUUGUUGAUUCUAUUUUCUAAUUUUCGAGAUUUAUUUUAUAAUUUUGAAUCAACAGCUAUUUCGAUUUAUUAAAAUGGUUAUUGGAAAAAUGUUCAUAUAUGGAGUUGUUUCUUGUUGCUUGAAAUGGUGUACUUACUCUUGUUUAUCUUAACCGUACUUGUAUUUAUAUGUAGGAAGUUGUAUUUUUAUUUACUUAUUUAUACAAAGUGUGCAUAUUUGCCGAUAUAUAUAUAUAAUAUUGCUCAUCGAUCCAGUAUACUUUAUUUCUAGUUAAGUAGAAAAUGCUUAUUAAAGAGAGUUUCGUUCUUCAUUGUGUGUGUUUUAUAUUUUAGGAUGGAAGUUAUUGUAAAUUAAAUAAACAGAAAGUAUAGUAUAGUUUCUUCUUUGU